CAUUUUCUGAGGCAGUACACUUUUGCGCGUUCAAUAAAACUGCACGCGUAGUAAAACUCCUUAUCAGGAAAACAAUGGAUAUUUCAUGGACUGUUUUGCUGUCUAUAAUAAUCGGUUUGAUUCUUAUAAAAUACAUAUUUUUUGCUAAAGACACACAUUUCAAAAAAUAUGGAAUCCCGUACAUAGAACGGCACUCAAUUCUCUACGAUGUUGCUCAGGUAAUACUGAAAAAAAUAUCAAUCGUCAAUCAAACAAUGAAAACAUACAGUCAUGACAAUUCUGCUAAAUAUAUUGGAUUCUAUGAGUUCAACAAACCUCUUAUAAUGAUUCGUGAUUUGGAUAUUCUAAAAAAUAUAACAGUGAAGAAUUUCGAACACUUUGUGGAUCAUCGCAGUUUUACGGACCCUGAAGCUGAGCCUUUGUUCAGUAACAAUCUAUUUUCUUUGAAAGGUGAUCAGUGGCGGGAAAUUCGGAAUCUGUUGACUCCUGCGUUUACAUCCAGUAAAAUGAAAGCCAUGUUCAAAUUGAUGUCCGAGUGUGCUAAUAAUUUUUCUGAUUUUUUGGUGGAUCAAUCGCAGAAAGGACUCACGGAAUUCAAUUCCAAGGAUAUUUUCUCCCGUUACACUAAUGAUACAAUUGCUACAUGUGCUUUUGGUAUUUCUGUUGACUCAAUGAAGAAUCCCGACAAUGAAUUUUAUGUUCUUGGAAAAAGAGUUACUAAUUUCGAGGGUCUUCAAAUGCUCAAGUUCGUUUUCGCAAUGACUUUUCCGAAAGUAAUGAAAUUACUUGGUAUCAAAUUGUUUGACAAAGCCGCGGAUUCAUUCUUUUUGAACCUGGUGCGAGACACAAUUGCAGCGAGAGACGAAAAAGGUAUUUAUCGACCGGAUAUGAUACAGCUGAUGAUGGAAACAAGGAACCAUGAGCCAGGGUCCAAGAAACCUGAACUAACGAUAGAAAAUAUGACAUCCCAAGCAUUCAUAUUUUUCUUCGCGGGUUUCGACACUACGUCAACGCUAAUGUGUUUCGCUGCCCAUGAGAUUGCUGCCAAUUCUGACGUUCAAACGGAAUUGCAAGCCGAAAUAGACCAAGUGCUGGAGAAAUGUAACGGAGAACCGACUUACGAAGCUAUUACUAGUAUGCAGUAUCUUGAAGCUGUUAUAUACGAAGCAUUGCGAUUGUAUCCAGUGGUAGUUGCAGUAGAUCGCGUGUGUACCAAAAACUUCGAACUCCCUCCUGCUGUACCUGGAGCUAAGUCGUACACUCUCGAAGCCGGAAGCGCUGUUUUGCUUCCAAUGUGGGCGAUUCACAGGAACCCAGAAUAUUAUCCCGAGCCCGAAAAAUUUGAUCCGAACCGAUUUCUGGGAGAAGAAAAGAAAAAUGUCAACACAUCAGCCUACUUUCCUUUCGGAGUCGGACCCCGAAUGUGCAUCGGAAACCGAUUUGCACUUUUGGAAACUAAAGUGCUGCUUUUCCAACUUUUGGCCAAGUGCAAUAUCAAACCAGCGAAGAAAAUGAUUCUGCCAAUGAGGAUCAGUUCCUCUUCCGUUGCCGUAACUGCAGAAGGUGGAUUUUGGCUUGAAAUUCACCCAAGAAAAAUUGAUAAAUAAAAUGAAUUAAAUGUAAACUUCUACACAGAAAAAAAUAAACUUUAAAAAUUACUAUUUGAAAUUAUAACCCGGAACCCGGUUGUCAAUAUGGGGAAUUUUAACAUUCAAAUAGUUAAAUUUUAUAUUACGUGUCGUCUAUUUUCUAAGUAUCAGUUACGAUUUUUAAAGUUCAAAUAGUAAUUUUUCUUACAUAGACAAUAAAUUUUCAUACUUAUUCUGUAAUUAUUCACGUUUAAAUCAUAAAUGAAAAAAUUACUAUUUAGAAUGAUGGUAUUUACUGAUCACUUUAUCAUUAUUAUUACUUGUCAUUCUCAAUUUAUAUAGUUAAUUUUUUUCUGUGUAUGUAUAUAUUUAUUUGUACUUUAUAUGUAUGUAUGUAAUCAAAUCUAUUAAUAAAAAAAUAAUCUUGCUGUGUU